AUUUCGUAGAAUGUAGUAACAAAAUCUCAAAACAAAGCGGCUAGGUUUUCUUAGUCAUCCCUGUUACUAUUAUAUUUGUUCUCAAAUCAACUUAAAAUUUUUUUCCUUGACGCUCAAAGGUAACAGGCUCAAUGUAGAAGAAAGACUACAUUUAAAAUGAUGAAUAAAACUUUGACUUUAGCUGAUGAAAUCCUCAACGAUCAAAACACAUGGCUGGCGAUGAAAAUUCUCAUGUUUGGCAUCACUCCAGCCAUUUCUAUUUUCGGUGUUGUGGGGAAUGUGUUGAGCAUCGUUGUCUUGGUCAAACACGGGAUGUCCAAAUGUUCGAACAUUCUGUUGGUGACCUUAGCUUUCUGCGACAUCAUCUUCUUGAUAUCUUUCAACAGUGUACCAAAGAUCAUCUACGAGGCCGUGUGGAACCGAGAAUACGUUGGCUACUCAAAGUCCGCCUGUGAAGCUUUGUUCGUAUUGUUUACUUUCUUCACCGCGCUGGACUACAGUAUUGGCCUAAUGAGCCUGAUGCUGCCAAUGUUUAUAACAGCCGAGAGACUAGUGGUCAUUUUCUUUCCCUUCCAUUCUAGCAGAAUUCUGACGCCAAAGAAAACUUGGGUCACUAUUAUUGGCGUGGCUGUCUAUUGGCUUUCCUUAUGUGUCUACAUUAGCUUUUGGCAAGAUUUCGAAUGUGCUUUUGACCCCAUAAGAAACACAUCUCUUGGACUUAUUAAAAGAUCUAUUUAUUUCAUUAACAAUCGAUCAAGUAUUGCUAUUUUUCAAGAAGUAUUUCUAUACGCUUGCAUUUAUACCCCACCGAUUUUCACUUUGAUUGGGUGUAUAGCAAUUUUCAUUCAAAUUCAAAUAACUUCCAUCAAAAGAAAGAAAAUGACAUCCUCAGUACGAUCCACGAGUCGAACAACAAAAACCUUGUUGGCAGUUUGCGCGGUCUACCUUGUCACUGCAACCCUUCUGGCAAUACCAAUGUACAUUUCUGAAGAGUAUGCCUCGUACUCUUUGACAGACGACAACCCAACGAACAUAGGGAGGCUUUUCUAUCAGCUCAUGAACACUGUCAGCUGUAUCAACAGCUCGUGUAACUUUAUCAUUUAUGUUGGUGUUAACAAACAAUUUAGAGGCACGCUUAUAAAAUUGUUGCAAGUUUGCUGUGAAAGAUUGCAACCUCGCCCAGAUUUGCUAACUAAAACGUUUUCAAAAUCUAAAAUCGUUUAAAAUUGUAUUUCUUUCGUAUAUUGUUCUUUAUUUUUAUCAUUAAUAAAGGGCGAAAUUUUCUCCUGCAAAGUGAUCUAUAGUGCAUUGUCUGUUUAUUCCACUCCGGCACAGAAAAUAAAUAUUGAAAAUUUAGACAACUAUAUAAAAGAAGUGAUAUUUUUUUAAACAGACUAUUUGUAAAUAGCUUU